AUGGCUAAGCUAGCUCUGCCAGGGGAGAUUUCGAUGUUGGUGAAUGGACAGAAAGCAUGGUGUGUGGCAAAGCCUGCAGCGCCACAACAAGCACUGCAGUCAGCUCUGGAUUAUGCCUGUAACUAUGCAGAUUCCAGCCCUACAAAGAAAGGAGGUUCUUGCUAUGACCCGGAUAGGCCAGCGCACCAUGCCUCAUUUGCCAUGAAUGCUUACUACCAGAAGAUGGGAAGAAACCAAUGGAAUUGUCAUUCUAACAAUACUAGUCUCAUUUCCUUGGCAGAUCCAAGUAGGCCUUCAAUUUCAUAA